AUGGAUAAACCCCGCUACACGUUGGGGCCAUUUCGGUCCAGUGUACAUGACAAGGACUCCCAGCUGAAUGUUUUUGUCUCCAACAAACAUUUCCAAAUCGAAUUGAAAGCCGCCAACUUUGAGAAGUCACCGACACUUCUGGCAGACUACCUCCGAUAUCUUGAACAUCUAGAACCUGAUUACCUGCCUGAAUCAGACGAAGAAUUUGACUCAGAGGACCCCCUUGAAGAGCUGGCUGAAUGGGUAUUGGAAUGUUUCCUCCCAAUCUUUCGAGGGAUUCCACCUUUGGAUAUACAUCAGAAAUACACUCUCCAUGAUUGUCUAUUUCCAGAAGUUUUCCAUUACUUACUAGAUGUCCAUCAAGACAACUUGUCACCUAUCUUCCUAGAUAAGGCUGGAGAUAAGCGGUUUCUUGGCGCUCUUCUCCCAGAGCAAGUGGAUUAUUCUACUUUUCCAAUCUAUCGCCCUGAUCAAAUUGAAAUUUCAAUAUCAGAUGAGAGCAGUGCCUUACCAGCUAUUCCCCGCAAAGUAUACAUCCAGGGGCAACAUAUUCAAGUUGCUUUCUUGAAAUCAGUGGGCGCUGGGGAUGUGAACAGCAUAUGCAGAGAACUCGGAGCAUAUACCAAAAUACAAUCAGCCUUAGUUUCCAAGCCUAUUCACACAAGUCGGCUACUUGGAAUUGUUCAUAUCCCUUCCUCAGGCCGAAUUUUUGGUCUACUUCUCUCAUAUAUUGAAGCUAAGGAUAAUAAAACCUUGCUUUGUAUGGGAAAAGACCCCCAAUAUGUCUCGAUGGGACAGAAAUGGCUAAGCCAGAUCACCUGGUCUAUAGAGGGGCUCCAUAUGUGUGGUGCUGUCUGGGGAGAUGCCAAACCUGAUAAUGUUCUAAUAGAUACGCAAUUUGAUGCGUAUCUUAUUGAUUUUGGUGGAGGCUAUACCAGGGGCUGGGUGGAUAAGGAAUUAGCAGAUACCGCUGAAGGAGAUCUCCAGGGUCUGCAAAGAAUCUCCGAAUUUCUCUUCGAAUAA